CAGAGCCAAGGCGAGGACCUCGAGCUAGGACUGAGGGGUUUUUCACCCCAGACAUCGGGUCCUGGUCUCGGACGACCUGUGCGGUCAUCCCGGGGAGACCCCAGGCGGGGUUCCCGUACGUGGCGCGGCUGGCCUUCCUUCCGUCUUGGGCGCGUGAGGGGCGUGAGGCUCGGCCUGACCGGAGCCCACUCCGGUCAGAAGAGAGAGGACUCGCGGGCUGCGCCAAGCUCGGAGAGGUGAGGACCUUGGUCUCAGGAGGUGACACAGCAGUUCAGAAGAGGAGGAUUCCCAGGCCCUGUCAGGAGUCAAUGAAGGUGAAGAGCUUGGCCUGAGCUGGUGACAUCAGCAGAGGGAAGAGUUCCAGGAUCUGUGACGAGUCAAGGGACUUGGAACUGAGGUCCUUACUCUGAGUGUGAAGGCAGGGGAACUGAAGAAGCCACAUCAGAUCAGAAGAGGGAGGAGUCCCAAGCUCUGCUAGGAGUUAAGGUUUCCAGAGGACGAACUGUCCAGGAAGACAGGAGCCCUGUGAAGCCCGAGAGCGUCCCCCCGCCCCCGCCGCCAAAAGAGCCUGCCUGUGGCACCCGAUCUCCCACCAUCCCGCUCACACUUCUACUUGUUGCUGCCAACUAGAGGCAUCAUGCUUCACUCUCCAAAGCGUCCGCGGCUCACGUUGGAACCAGACUUUCAGGCCCAAAAUGAGAUACAGGACCUGGCGGUGGCCCACGUUCUCAAGGCUGAGGAGGAGGAGGAGACUUCCUCCUCUUGCUCUUUCAAUUUCUCCUAUCCCUCCACCUCCUCCUCUCUGCGUUCCUCUCCUGUGAUCCCGGUUUCCAAAGAGGAGAAGGAGGUGGAGGAGAAGGAGCCUGAGAAGGAGCCCGCCACAACAUUGAGUCCUCCCCACAACCCUCAGAGCCCCUGCUUCUUCUCCGUAUCACGGAGCACAUCAGAAGGAGGCUCCAGUAGCCAAGAAGAAGAUAUAUGUUUCCCGCAGACCUCAACAGACACCGAAUCUUCGCCCACAGACCCACUAGAUGAGAGGGUAGCUGAUUUAGUGAAUUUCAUGAUUCUUAAGUACCAAUUGCAGGAGCUCGUCACAAAGGCAGAAAUGCUGAUGGUUAUCAUGAAAAGGUACAGGAAACAUUUCCCUGUGAUCUUUAAGAAAGCUUCUAAGUUUAUGGAGGUGAUCUUUGGCAUUGAUAUGUGGGAGGUGGACAUUUCUGUCCCCUCCUAUGUCUUUGUCAACUCACUGGACCUCACUAGUGUUGAGGUGUCUAGUGACACCCACGGCAUGCCUAAGAACGGUCUCCUGAUAAUCAUCCUGGGUGUGAUCUUCAUAGAGGGCAAUUGCAUCCCUGAGGAAGACCUCUGGGAUUUCCUGAAUAUUAUGGGAGUGUAUCCCGGGAGGGAGCAUUUCAUUUAUGGGGAGCCCGGGAAGCUCAUCACCAUAGAUUGGGUGUAUGAGAAUUACCUAGAAUACCGGCGGGUGCCUGACAGCAAUCCUCCACGCUGUGAAUUCCUGUGGGGUCCCAGGGCCCAUGUUGAAAUCACCAAGGUGAGAGUUCUAGAAUUUUUGGUUAAGAUCAAAGGGAUUGACUCCCUUUCCUUCUCAUUUUGGUAUGAGGAGGCUUUAAAAUACGAGAAAGAGAGGGCUUGGGCCAGAAUUGGAUCUGGGGAAAGUACUGCUGCUAUGUUCAUUGCACAGCAUUGAUCAGCAGCUUCCGCCCCAACUGAAGAGGGAGCCCGAAUAUUCACUCUCUAUUUGAAGAGGGCAGUCCUGGCUCUGAGUAGAGGGUCAGGGUCAAACUGGGGAGAACACAGUGUGCAACAACUUUGUGUUCCUGUUCUACAUAGAUGAUUUGGAAGUUUAUCUUUUUUUACCUUUUGGUGUUUUUCAAAUGCUGUUUCUUUUACUGGAAGGUUUUUUAGCUUUAGAAUCUAAGUGUGUGAAUGAAUUUGUCACAUAUCUGUUGAUGUUUCUCAGAUUUAAGAAUAUGACUUUUGAUAUUUUACAAAAUAAAAUAUCAAAUAUCACAAUAUCAAAUAUUGUGAUCUGGGACAAGAUAACAACACUGGAAUGGGAAUUUCCUUGGAAAUGUGAAAGAAAAUGGGAAAAAAAUGGAAUGUAAAAGGUGGCUCAUUUUUGGAUUCCCUUAACCACUAAUUUAUUGUUCUGUAAAAUUAAAAGACAUAUACCUGGACUUGCUUGGCUUACUGAAGGAAGUAGGCAUAAUCUUAAUAAAUCUUAUUAAAUGAAAGA